AUAAAAAUCAUUUUUAAUAAAAAAAAUUGAUCACUGUAACUCUUUAAUAAACUAUACCCAGGGGCUGUUAGGCGGUAUUACCCCGUUUCUAAUUUGUUGACAUGAAAACGAUUAGACAGAAUAGGCACCAUGUGAGUUACUAUAGUAACGGACAGCGACAGGACGCUACUAAUGAUAAAACGAACCUUUAGGGUAUUCAAAUGUUUUGAGUUCCGGCGUAAAGUGUUACUGUUUAAAUAAUACAAGGGAUACGUUUUAAAAAAAAUGGCGCCAAAAAAGAAGACCAAAGGAAGUAAAGGUAUUCGUGCCGGCACUGGAAUCGUGGAUGGUGUGUCCAUUGCCGAAAUGUCCAGGGAACAGCUGGAGGGAUUCGCGUCCAGGAUGAAAAAAGAGUUAGAACGUGAGAGGGAAGAGAGGAAUUUCUUCCAGUUGGAACGGGACAAAGUGUUGACCUUUUGGGAGAUAACCAGACAAGAGAUGGAGGAAAACAGAGCUUCUCUGAGAAACAAGGAUAGGGAAAUCGAAGAUAUCGAGGAAAAGCACCAGGACGAGAUCAAAAUUUAUAAACAAAAGCUUAAACUGUUAAUGUACGAGCAGCACGUCAACCUCUCUCAAGUGCAGGCUGAAAAUAUGGUGUCGUUAAAAAUAGCCAAUGACGAGCACAUAAAAGAAGAGGAAGACCUGGUCAAAGAGAACGACACUCUGAAACAAGAAAUCGUGGAAAUGAACUUACGCAACAUCGAGCAAAUCAAUAACAUCCGGCUGGAACACGCUACGACUAUGCGAGAAUUAAAAGAUAGGUUCGUAGAAGAUUGUCAAGUCAUAGAAGGCAAGUACCAGAAACGCAUGGAAGACCUGAGGAACCGAAUGAAUUUAAAGAACAAAGUGGAAGUUGCCGAAACGGAAGCCAGAAAAAACAAAAGAAUUGCCGAAAUCAUCGAAGACCACAAUAACGCGUUCAACAAUCUCAAAGAACACUACAAUGACAUUACCGUCAAUAACCUAACACUGAUAGGAUCAUUGAAGGAAAAGUUUGUUGAGCUAAAAGAAGACCAACAAAGGGCAGAAAUGGACCUGAAAGAAGUGACUAAAGAAAACGAGUCGUUAAAAGGACCCCUUAAGGAAGCGUUGGGAACCGUGGAAGAAUUAACGCAAAAAAUGACAAAUUAUGCCAAAGACAAGCAGCGGUUGGCGGUUCUAACUAAGCGUCUAAACCAUUCUAUUGACAAGUACAAAGACUUGCAAGCGGACUACGAUGAGUUGCAUAUGAAUUUCGAAAAAAUGCAAGCAGAAUUGAAGACUAUCAGAGAAGAGCAUACGGAUCGCAUAAUGAGUUUGCAAAUGGAGAACAGUAAGAAGUUGAUAUCUGCCGAAAGUCGUCUAAGACGUGUAAAAGAAACAUUGGAGGAAAGGGACGCUCAGAUUGCACGUCUAACGGCAGCCGUUUCGUCUGACACUUCCAUCGCCAUGGCAAUGAACUUGAAAACUGAGGCAUUGCUGGAGAAAAAGAACAACCAGAUUGAUCAAGCGUGGAACGACUUAAUGAUUGUCACCAAAAAGUACAAUCAUAUCUGCAAACGUUUCAAAAGUAAACUCAAAAGUCAUGGUUUACCACACGAUGAAGAAAUGUAUGAAUUGGUUCCGGCGGAAAAAUACGAAUAUUUCGAAAGCGUUUAAAUUAAGAAUCGACGAUGAAAAACUUAACUUUUUACUAAAUACUAAAUACAAAUUACUAAUUAUGAACAAU